GGUUUGUAUUUGUGUUUAGUCAAAAUGCCGCUGCCAUAAAUGUAGCAAUAACUGUAGUGGAGCUGGGCAGAGACCCUGCAGUCACAGCUUGAGUGCACUGCACCAUCACCUGUGCAAUAAAGGUCCAGAUCUCUUGGCAGAUGAUGUAGGUUAGUGCGCCACAUCUCGAUCAGACGGACGGUGCCGUUGCGUCAAUGCUGUGUAAUACUCUGCAGUCAAACUAUUUUUACUGAAUAUGUGUGCAACAAAAGUUCAACAUUCACUUUUUGCUACUAUUUUUGUCAAGUCUAUGCAUACAAUUGAUGCAUAUUGUUGCAACAUUGGAAAUUAAUGUACUUCUGGUCCAAAACGCAAUGAUGCUGGUCUGAUCGAGGCUAGUCUAUUACUUUGCAGUACAUUUUAAAACGAUAGUCUUCCGUUGGAUAUGCCUUUGCAUGAACCUUCAUGCAAUUAAAUUCGAUGCAUGCAUUCUGCUGCGACUCCAACGACUGGCCACUCGUGGCAUCCCUCUUGCGUCCGUUUUAUGAGUCUUGGCGGAAGAGCCUGGCGUGGGCGCACAGCACUGUGCUGCAUGCAGGGAGAUUAAGCAUAUCAUCUAUCGGAAUUAAAACAGUGCUACUGCCGGAUUCACAUAAGUGGAAUGUAACCAGAUUUUUAACAACAAUAUUUUACCCAUGCAUUUUAAGCAUAUUGGUGGCAAUUUCAAAAGGACAAUCUGAUUGGUGGAGACGUCAAGAUGGGGAAAGUCCUUAGCUGUUCAUUAUGGGAUUUUGGGGGAUCCAAUGGCCGACAGGAGACGUCUUCUCUCUGAGUGGAUACAGGCAGUAGGGUAUGAUACCAGCUCUCUUUUACUGUAAUGGAUGCCAGACAUGUUUUUUUUCUGUUGCAUAACAAAUUCAAGUUGUUUAGAAAGUGUUAAAUCAGAUUUCAUGUGAUACUGUAAGCUGCCAUUUACUGUAGCUGAAUAUAACCGAAUCAUGGCAGUGUUCAAUUCAUCCAGCAAUUAGGCUAUAUUGUAAUUACUUCGCCACCAUGGCCUAUUUAUUGCCUUAACUUACCUCAUUUGCACUCACUGUAUAUAGACUUUUUUUGUUUUCUUUUGUUCUACUGUAUUAUUGACUGUAUGUUUUGUUUAUUCCAUGUGUAACUCUGUGUUGUUGUGUGUCGAAUUGCUACGCUUUAUCUUGGCCAGGUCGCAGUUGCAAAUGAGAACUUGUUCUCAACUAGCCUACCUGGUUAAAUAAAGGUGAAAUAAAUAAGUAAAUCAAAUAAAAUAAUCUUGUCACCUCAGAUAUGGUCACAUACUGUUGGACUUUUGCUUCGCCGCCCAAGCAGGUGGUGACCGCAGCACAUCUCCUGUUUGUCCUUAUGUGCUGUGACAGUUUUUAGGAUGCGUUCCUUAAGGAAAACAGUGUUGUUGGCCAUUGUGGCGUCGGUGCUGUUGGUGGUGGCCCUCCUCCAUUCCUGGCCCACCCGGGCCUACACCACCGUGGAUGUCUGGCAGAGACCAGGGCCUGCAGUAGAGAGGCACCUGGAGGAGAGGUUCCCAGAACCAGACCACAGAUCUGCCAACAUCCCCUAUCGCGUGAAGGAGAGUGUUGCAGGUCUGUUGGCACGUAACGGGUGUGUGUGUGAAGGUGAGACUGGGGGCAUGAACCUGCCCUUUGCCCAGCUGCUGUUCCCCCGGGUGUCGGCACACCCCAUGCACACUGCAUUUGAGGCCUCUGAGCUGGACGAGAUGAAGAAACGAAGGGCCAAGGAGUACCAGGGCUUCCAGAUGAGGUCUCAGACUCCUGCAGAUAUGCUCAUCGUGGCCGAGGCCAACAAUCCUCUGCAGUACCCAACACAGGGGAUGGAAGUACGGCCGCUCAAAACCAUCCUCAUCCCAGGACUUGCAGUACAAGACCAUCCCAGAGAGCUGUACACAGUCAACUUCACCUCCACCCUGGGAACGUUAAACGUGGCAGCGGAGGUUGAGGGGGUAAAGGUCAAAGGUGAUGGGGAGAUGCGCAUGACCCUGACCAGCAGCCUGCUGUCCAAUCUGAACCGGCAGCUACAGUUUGUCACCUACACCAACACACUGUUCCACCCUAGUACAGCAGACACAGUGCAGUUUGAGACAGAGGGUCACCAAGCCAUGUUUACUAUCAAGGUCCGUCAUGGUGUAACUCCAAAACUCUACAACACGGGACCCAAAGGGGAAUACAACAUCAGUGCCCUUGUUACCAUAGCAACCAAAACCUUCCUGCGCUAUGACAAGCUCCAAGAUCUCAUCGACAGUGUGCGAAAAUACUAUUCCACUGUCACCAUAGUAAUCGCUGAUGACAGUGAAAACCCAAAGACAGUCUCUGGCCCCUACAUCGAACAUUACAUCAUGCCAUUUGGAAAGGGCUGGUUUGCAGGACGGAACCUAGCCGUUUCCCAGGUGACUACCAAGUAUGUGCUGUGGGUGGACGAUGACUUCAUCUUCACGGCCAACACCAAGCUGGAGAAACUUGUGGACGUCCUGGAGAGGACUACCCUGGACCUGGUGGGUGGUGCAGUGCGGGAGGCCACUGGCUACACUGCCACCUACAGGCAGACCAUCUCCAUUGAGCCAGGGGAGGAGGAGGGUGACUGCUUGCAUAUGCGGAGGGGCUUCCACCACAUCAUCCAGGGCUUUCCAAACUGCGUAGUCACGGACGGGGUCAUCAACUUCUUCCUGGCCCGCACAGACAAGGUCCAGCAAGUGGGCUUUGACCCCCGUCUGGCCAGAGUGGCCCACCUGGAGUUUUUCAUCGAUGGCCUCGGCUCGCUUCACGUGGGAUCCUGUGAUGAUGUCAUCGUCAACCACGCCACCAAGAUCAAGCUUCCCUGGGUCAGCCAAUCAGAGAGUGACAAGACGUAUGCCAAGUUCCGUUACCCACCAGCCUCCUCGGACGCCACACACACCAAAAACGGCCUCCUCUAUUUCAAGAACCGCUUCCAGUGUUUGACUCACAAUUAAAUUCCCUGUUUUGUUAACCUGUCGUUUCUCCUCUCGUUCAAGAUUCAUGCUCUUUCUGAGUUGCCAAAGAAGCUCUCACCCAAUGUGUCCAAUCGGAUAAGAUUUUAGACAACCACAUUACACACAUCCCCUUGAAAAUCGACCUUGCUUGUUUCACUCUAGAGGGAUUGUCAUUCAAACAGAGCAAAACUGUCAUUUCUAUUAACUUAAUCAUAAUUUCUCUUCAGUUGUGUACUCUUGAUUGUAAACUCAAGUUUGAGAUAAUUUUAAGGGAUAUAUGUGUGUUUUGUGCCUCAAAUCUUAUCUGACAAGUCGCCACCGAGUCCUUUUGUUGAGGAAAGAGAUCAAAGACAUGCUGAAUUAGCCUUACGCCCUCACAGGACUAAAUGAGGUGAACGAGUUUCCAUACUGUUAUGAAGCGAUCAGAGGUAUGUGUACUCUGUCCUUCCCUUUGCACUAUACAGUUUGAGCUGGACUGAACUCUAUGGGUCAGACAAAUGAGGAUUGUGGGGACCAUGGGGGACUGAGGAUGAGGAUUGACAGUCAUUCAGUAGAGAGGACACUUCUCAGCAUGUGACAACCCCUUCAGAGACACAACGCAUGGGUGCUCCCUUUCCAACCCCGGACAAUGAACACAUUCAAGACUCUAAAUGUGUGGCUAAUUCUCCAUGGGUGUCUGUGCCAAUGGUUUCCCAGGUGGUUUGGUGUUGAAUGAUAAUUUUGUUUGAAACCUCUGUGUCGCCCUUGACUGGCCCAUGCUUGAGGAGAAUGAUGCUCAUCCAUCUGGUCUGGGAUCUAACCCAGGAAUAAUAUCCCUGUUUCACCUGGUCUAGUGCAUUCUGUCUAUCUAGGGUCGAUCCCACUCUGUUUUAUACUCCAAGCAUCAUAAUAAGGAAUGCUUCUGUCCAUGCACGCAUUUGAAUGGGAGGUGAGAUUAAUUGCAUUUUCAUAUGCUACCUCGAACAGAAGGGUUAGUUUGAACAAAGUGCAUGUCUCUCUAUUUCUUUAUCAAUUCUACAUGGAAAUAAACACACACUAACAGAAUAAUGGCACAGUUUGAGUUUAGAGAGUUGAAACGCUGUAAGAAUGAGUAGAACACUAAAGGAAAUGGUUGGGGAGACACAAUGUUAGGAUGACACAUUAUAGAGAGAUGAUAUGAAUGAUAAAGCAAGGGUCACAGUCACACCGAAGUACCAAGGCAGCAAAACAUUUUAUACUUACAGUUCCUCUGCCAUGCAACCUGACAGCAGGAUCACAUAAUGUUAUUGUGUGUCAUGACCACUAGAUGGCACCCUUGCAUCAGAAUAGUGCUUUUUAAAAUCAAACUACAAAUAGUUUUUUGUCAUUUGUUAUGAAAUGCCCCAAGGUGCCAGUGAUACAUUAGAUCACUUUUUAUUUUGUCCUUUUUGAAUAGAGGAAUAUUUUAAAACAGAUACAAUUUUGGGUGAUGCCAGAUUUAAAUUUGUCUUUCCUGAAAGGGGAUAUUUAACACUAAGUGAGAUCUCAGUUCAAUUGAACCCUGACUGCAGUAGCCUAUUUACACAGCACUGUAGCUCCUCUUCCAUGGGAAUCUAUGACUAAUACCACCUAGACUCCCCAAGCAGAUGCUUCCUGUUUUCAGAAUGAGAAGUGUUCUGCAUGUGAGUAGGGGCAGUAGUUUGUCAACAAAGACACUGCUUAAUGACAGGUUUGAUUGAAUUCCACACUCUCUGAAGUUAAGUAGUUGAAGGGAUUUGGACAGUGAUUUCCAUUGUUCAACUGAUGAUGAUGAUGAUGAUGAUGGCGGUUGUAUUUUUUCUGCUUGCUUCACCUUAGAACCACGGGUCUGAGUCUUUCCAACCUGACAACUAUCAUCACGACAACCUUCUGCAUUAUCAGACUGUUUUCAUUUAAACAUGAUUAUAAAGUCUCUGAUAAAAAAUA